AUGGUUUAAAAGCCAAAACGGAGUCGAGGCAAUUCAUCAGGAGACCACACGCUAUUCGGGGGUGUGACUACAGUUACCGGGGUCUAUAUAUAUUGGGAUGUUGUAGCUGGUGGCUUUAUGUGAAUGAGAGAGAAGCUGCCCAGAGAAAAGUCCAGCACAGUGCAGCAGACUGAGCAGUGCGCCUCCACACUCUGACUCCACACAUGCUCCAGGACGCCGCCAUGGAUUCCCGUCUCCGCGCACUUUGCAUGACAUUCGUCCUGGCCUCGUUCGGCCGGAGGUCAGGUGCAGUGGGAGCGGUGAUCCGAUGCGAGCCGUGCGACGCCGGAGCGCGGCUCCUGUGCAAACCUCUGCCCAAGGACUGCGCCGAGAGGGUCCGCGAGCCGGGCUGCGGCUGCUGCAUGACCUGCGCGCUCAGCUUCGGUCAGCCGUGCGGAGUGUACAGCGGGAGAUGUGGCUCCGGGCUGACAUGUCAGCAUCAGCCCGGCGAGACGAAGCCUCUGCAGGCUCUGCUGGAGGGACGGGGCAUCUGUGCGAACGCCACCAGCAGGAGACUCACCGUCAGACCGACACCUCCGGUCAAUGAACUGCCAGCAGAGGGUAUUGACGCUCAGGACGAGGAGCGGAACUCCACCGGCCCAGGCCUCCAGAUCUUGUACAGCACCCACAGACCCACGGGACCCCUGAGACCCCCGCUUCUCCCUUUCUUCCCCUCCGCCAAGUCAGAAGUCCUGAGACAGGAGCAGCAGAGGCGAACCCAGAGCUUUAAAAUGGAGGAGCUCCCAGGACCACUCAUCACGGACCAGCAGAACUUCUCUCUAGAGACCAAACAGGAGCCUGAGUAUGGUCCCUGUCGGAGAGAGAUUGAGAGCAUUCUCAGCAGCCUCAAGAUUACAGACAUUCUCAACCCCAGAGGUUUCCGCAUACCAAACUGUGACAAGAAGGGCUUCUAUAAGAAAAAGCAGUGCCGUCCGUCCAAGGGCAGAAAGCGCGGCUUCUGUUGGUGCGUGGACAAAUACGGGCAGCCGCUGCCAGGUUUUGAUGGGAAGGAGCGGGGAGACACCCAGCACUACAACUCCGAGAGCCAAUAGGAGCCGGGGCAGGACAGAGGGCGAGAGGGAGGGAUGGUGGCAGUGAGAGCGAGAAGAAUUGUAAACAAACAGAGACGCUGAGGAUAUUGGGAGAGGGGUCAAGAGAUGGCUCGACCGAUAUGUGGAUGUUUGCUAUUUCUAUCUGUUGCCUGUGGGACCUUUUUUCUGAGGCAGAGCGAGGGAAACAGAGGAAGAGGAGGAAGAAAAAGCCUGUACGUCUGCAACAGAUGGAUUCUUUUAUAAGCGGUUUGUCUCAGACCCAACGUGGACGUCUUCUGAGAGCAGGAAGCGCUCAAAGAAUUGAUCUCAGAGGCCUUUUUCUGAUCCUAAGACACAGAGAUGUUCUAACUUGUCACAGACAUUGAUGAGGGUGCUCUCUAUUUACGCACAAUUACGUGGCAUUGCACAUGUGUACAUGCCUGUGACGUGUAAUCAUAAUUUGCGUGCUUGUGAUUUGUUUGUCAAGACAUUUGUGUGUGGUCACGGCAACCAGAAAAUGUAAAAAUGCAGUGCCUUACUAUGAAUUCCACUUUGCUUCCUGCUCCUCGGGGAGUCGGAUUGGACAACAGCUCAAACACGACAGUGCAUAUAAAGUUUUUUUUUAUUUUUUAUGCUGGAUCUCAAGCCAGAGGAAGCAAGAAGGUUGUUGUUGUUUCUGUUGUCACUUUGCAUAAGCUGAUUUGUUUUUUUGGGGAUAAAGGUCAUGAACCGUUAUCUCUGUUCUCUGUGUAGCCGGUGAUGAUUCCGAUCACUUCCCUUGGUAUAUAUAUAUAUAUGUUGUUUGCAUGUUCAAUGCAACCCUCAAAGCUCUAUUUUUACUUAAUAAAGGCAGAAUAAAAUGA